GCCUUCAGAGCAGCGAGAAGCGAACUACGGCGCGGAGUAUAUAAUCCUCCAAUCGUCUUCACUCAUCACAGUCAAUCGUUCGGCUUCGUACAGCGAAUAUCUAAUUCACAUUUUCAAAAUGAAAUUGUUCGUAGUCGCAGCCAUCCUCGGAGUGUGCGCCGCCGGGCGUUUGGACAACACCUACCUGCCUCCUGGCAGUGGCUCUGGAUUUGGUCAAGGAGGCGCUGGAGGCUUCGGCCAUGCCGCGGCUGGCGCUGGAGGCCACGCUGGAGGCUUUGGACAGAGAGGCUCGGCUGGCUUCGGCCAAGGCGGAGCCGGAGGUUUUGGAGGCGGACAUGGAGGAUUUGGCCAAGGAGGCGCUAGCCACGGAGGAUUCGGUCAAGGAGGCGCUGGCCACGGAGGUUUUGGCCAAGCCGCCGCUGGUGCUGGUGGUUUCGGACAAACCCAACACGGCGGCAACCUCUACAACUCCGGCGGCUUCCAGCAGUCAUACAGCCAGCAAAGCUCCCGUCCCCAAGAUGCUGGUGCCCAAAUCCUGAGGUCCAACAGCGAGGUCACCGCUGAAGGCUUCUCUUACGACUUCGAGACCUCCAACGGCAUCCGCGCUGACGCUCAAGGCGUGGCCACAAACGGUGUCCAGUCUCAGGGCAGCUUCGGAUACAAGGGUGAUGAUGGCCAGGACUACAGCAUCUCGUACACCGCUGAUGAGAACGGAUACCGUCCCCAGGGCGCCCAUCUCCCCACCCCUCCCCCCAUCCCGGAGGAGAUCCUGAAGUCUCUGGAGCAGAACGCCCGUGAUGAGGCUGCUGGCAUCUCUGACGAUGGCUCCUACCACGGUGAGGGCGCUGGCUCCGGCUCCGGCUACUCUGGCAACCAAUACCAGCAACCAUCCGGUCAGUACGGCGCUCCCAGCCGAACCUUCCAGCAGCCCAAGAACUUCGGUGGCUCCUCGGGUAACUUCGGUGGCUCUUCUGGUAACUUCGGUGGCUCUUCCAACUUCGGUGGUUCUUCCUUCGGUGGCGCCGCGUCCCGCCAAUACCUGGCGCCCAAGGCUGGCCCUAAUGGCUCAGGAAACUUCAACUCUAGAACCGGAUACCAAUAUUAGGAGCUCAAGACAAAUGAAUACUGACGAGUUGAAACCAAACUAACAAUAGU